AUGAUUCCUCGUAAGUACACAUCCUUAAACUCCCCUAUUAUGGCAUUAAAUGUUAUCACAAGUUGUCUUAGUACGGUACCCUCUGACUGUUCUUCAAUAUUUAGUGUCAUAGAUAAUGAUUGGAAGGUUAAAGGUGAAUUAAUAACAGAGACAGAAAUUUCACAACUUUCUACAAUAAGUAAAAAAGAAUUUUAUAAAAAUGAAAUUGAACUUGAAUAUCAAGAUUGUUCUGAUGAUCCAUCAAUACUUUUUUGUAAUAAUAAUAUUAAAUCACAUACAUCAACUAUAAUUGAUACAAAAAAAAUUAAAUCAGCUUUACCAUUAUAUAUAUUAUAUACAUAUCCUAUCACCAGAGCACGUGUAUAUAAAAGUUUUGAAAAAAUUAUAAAUCAUGAAAUAAGGUAUGCCAAAGAACAAGCAUUAUGGAGUCAACCAAAUAAUCAUGGUAUACAUUCUGUUGUUUUGAUGGUUUCCAGUACAAAUGGAGUAGAACAAAAAAAUUUUCAACCACCUAUUAUUGAAACAUCAGACAGUAUUUUGAAUGUUAGUUGUACUAAUAAAAGUUGCAAAAUUAUUGUUGAGGAGGAAUUAAUUAAUUCAGCAAAACUAGAAAAUGAUAUUGAAUGUUUUACAAAUGAAGAAAUUACCAGUAUAAUAGGAACAAUAGAAUAUACAGAAAUAUCAGAUACAAGUACCAAAUAUAUUGAAAAGCCUAAGAUAAAAAAAAAAAAGAUAAAUAUUGAAAAAAAUGAUGAUUUUGUUGAAGAAAAAUUUAUUUCAAAAAAUUUUAAAGGAAUUAUGAACAUCAGAGAUCGUAUUGCUGAUUAUAAAAAUUCUGACAUUACUGAUUAUACUAAAAAAGUAAUCAAAAAACGUUGCAAUAUUGCACCACAUCCUUUGAAUGCUUUUUUUUCAAAAGAAAAUAUUCAAUUUAAAGAAUAUGUUAACUAUGAUGAAUUAACUGAAAAAAUAAAUCAAAAACCACAUAUUGAUAUUAAAAAAAGAAUAUAUGCCACUAAAGAUGAACACGAAACUUCAACAAUCGUUAAUACUAUAAAUGAAAAUGAGGCUUUAGAAGAGGGUGAUAUAAACUAUUCAAUGAUAACAACAGAAUUAAGCGAUAUUGAAUCAUCAACAAAUUGUAAUACCACAAUUCAGCAAAUAGAUUGUGAAAAAUUAACACGGAAGUUAAAUAAUAUCAAUAUUGAUAAUGAAUAUACAGAUGACUCAUCAAAAUUAAUUUCUCUUCCCAAUACAUUUUCAUUUUUGUCAAAAGACUAUACAACAUCAUGUGAAGUACAAAGAACUGUUAAAAGAAAUUAUACAGAUACGUGUACCUUUACUAAAUUUGAAAAUGAUGAUGAAGUAAUUAUUUAUGAAGAUAUGCUCCAACAACUUAAUUCAAUUAAAAAUGUUUUAAAUGAUUUUGAUAUGUCAUGA